AUGAUCCAAGCCGCCAAAAUCCUCGAGCAACGGAGCCAUCUCGUGCCAGGAAAGCUCCGCAUAACAGAGCACUUCUUCCAAGUCCCCCGUGAUCACUCCAACCCCUCCUUAGGAACAAUCCAGCUCUUCGCCCGCUCAGCCCGCAAACUGUCCAAACCGGCAGACCCCUCCACCCCAGAAGACCCCGCAAAAUCGCAACUCCCAUGGCUCCUCUACCUCCAAGGUGGGCCCGGCUGUGAAUGCGCACCGCCCCAAGACAGCAAAUGGUCUUCCUUCCUCCUAGACAAAGGCUACCAAAUACUGUCCAUGGACCAGCGCGGCACCGGGCUAUCGACUGCAAUUUCGCAGUCCUCACUGCAAUUGAGGGGCGACGAGAAGGUGCAGGCUGAGUACAUGAAGCACUUCAAGGCCGACAGUAUUGUCAAGGAUGCGGAAGCUAUUCGGAAGGCGUUGACUGCUGACUAUCCCGAGGAGAAGAAGAAGUGGAGUAUAAUGGGACAGAGCUUUGGCGGAUUCUGCAGCGUGACAUAUUUGAGUUUCUAUCCUGAGGGGGUAAAGGAAGCGUUUGUGUUUGGAGGGCUGCCUCCGCUGACCAGUGGGCCGGAUCAGGUGUAUGACAGGAUCUAUCCGAGGGUUGAGAAGAGGAAUGAGCAGUAUUACGCCAAGUAUCCCGAGGAUGUGGAGAGAGUACGACGGAUUGUCAAAUUUCUGAGCCGGUUUGGUGAUGAGACCGUACGGGUACAGGGUGGUGAAGGGCAUCUAAGUGCGGCUCGCUUCCUCCAGCUGGGUAUCAACUUCGGGGCGCACGGCGGCUUCGACCGUGUCCAUGAGCACGUUCUACGCGCAGACAACGAUCUCACUCUCUUUGGCCACCUCACACGCCCAACCGUCCUCCAUAUCGAGCGCACCCAGCCAUGGGAUACAAACGUCAUCUACGCCCUCCUCCACGAAGCCUGCUACUCUUCAGGGGUCGCCUCCAACUGGUCCGCCCAGCGCCUCCUCUCAAAGUACCCCGCCUUCCAUCACACGACCACCGUCAAUGACCCCUCCAAACCUAUAUACUUCACCGGCGAAAUGAUCUACCCUUUCAUGUUCGACACGUACCCCGAACUGAAGAAGCUCAAGACGGUUGGGGAGCUGCUUGCCAGAGAAGAGUGGCCGCAGCUGUAUGAUGUGGAGCAGCUGAAGAAGAACGAGGUGCCUGUGUACGCCGCGACGUACCUUGAUGAUAUGUAUGUGGACUUCGAGCUUAGUACGGAGACGGCGAGGACGAUCAAGGGGUGCAAGACGUACGUGACGAACGCAAUGUACCACAAUGCUGUCUCGGCGAAGUCCGAUGAUGUCUUGAAGGCCAUAUUCGAGCUCAGAGAUGAUGUUAUUGAUUAG